AACGGGUCUUGUGAUUCCCAUUCCCAUUCCCAUUCCCAGGUUUAAGGAACGAGGAGGAAGCAGUUAUCCAUAUCAGAGUGCCGGCACCACCACCCGACUCCGGUCAGUUUCAUUUCCUGCUCAGCGAGUUUCUUCAUACACACACUUGUUCUCUCUGUUCUCAGUCACGGCUGUCACGCACGCGACAAGGGUUUGGGUUUUGUGAUUCUCAGUCACUCAAAAGAGUGGAAAUGAAGAAAAUGAUAGCUUUGGGGUUUGAGGGUUCAGCUAACAAGAUUGGUGUUGGGGUUGUGACAUUGGAUGGCACCAUUCUUUCAAACCCACGCCACACCUACAUCACUCCUCCUGGUCAAGGCUUUCUUCCCAGGGAAACAGCACAGCACCAUCUCCAACACAUUCUUCCCCUUGUCAAAUCUGCUCUGCAAACAGCACAGGUCACUCCACAGGAUAUUGACUGCAUCUGUUACACCAAGGGUCCUGGCAUGGGAGCUCCAUUACAAGUGUCUGCUAUUGUUAUUCGUGUGCUUUCACUGCUUUGGAAGAAGCCCAUUGUUGCUGUCAAUCAUUGUGUAGCACAUAUUGAGAUGGGAAGGGUUGUCACCGGUGCUGUUGAUCCUGUUGUUCUGUAUGUCAGUGGUGGCAACACUCAAGUCAUUGCUUACAGUGAAGGGCGUUACCGAAUCUUUGGGGAAACCAUUGAUAUUGCUGUGGGGAAUUGCUUGGAUCGCUUUGCAAGGGUGUUGACUCUUUCUAAUGAUCCUAGUCCUGGAUAUAACAUUGAGCAGCUUGCAAAGAAAGGAGAGAAAUUUAUAGACCUUCCAUAUGUUGUCAAAGGGAUGGAUGUAUCUUUUAGUGGAAUAUUGAGCUAUAUUGAAGCAACUGCUGCUGAACAGCUUAAAAAUAAUGAGUGCACGCCUGCAGAUUUGUGCUACUCUCUGCAGGAGACGUUGUUUGCCAUGUUAGUCGAGAUAACUGAGCGAGCCAUGGCUCAUUGUGACUCGAAAGAUGUUCUUAUAGUUGGUGGUGUAGGUUGCAACGAGCGCUUGCAGGAGAUGAUGAGAACAAUGUGCUCUGAACGUGGAGGAAGGUUGUUUGCCACCGAUGAUCGGUACUGCAUUGAUAAUGGUGCAAUGAUCGCUUAUACUGGUCUCCUUGAAUAUGCCCACGGUGCAUCAACUCCGCUGGAGGAUUCGACAUUCACCCAGCGGUUCCGGACAGAUGAAGUCAAAGCAAUAUGGAGAGAAGCAAAUUUGGCAAAAUAAAAUGGUCUUGCAGAGAAAAGCAUUUGAUUAUUGAAUCUUGAGGUCUGAAUCUGAAUGCUCAUAUGUAACUGAGGGAUAAGAACAAAAAGAACACGUCGCUAAUUGAUAUCCAAAUCAAUUUUCUUCAAGCUGAGGUUUAUGCUCAAUGGUGUUUAAAUUUAUUAGCACGGUAAAUUUAUGUGUGAAGAAACUCUUGGAUUUGUUUGAUAUUUUGUGGAGUUAUUAUGUGUUGCAACCAUGGCAUCCACGCUAAGAUAUACCAAGGUCCAUUGUUCUGUUCUGUAUACUACUGACUUUGGCUUUGUACCAAGGUCCAGUGUGUCAUGGCAUGAGUAUGUUUAUAACACUCAUUUUUCGAUCCCACUCUCUCCUACAGGAUAUAUUAAUUUGGCUUUUUCCA